CGUCCCGACUAAUGUGAGAAGGCUUACCGGUGGAUUAAACUUGGAAUGGUUGGAACCCUUUGUACGCAACUAUUUAAUUGUUAUCCGCAAACCGUAUCGAAAGAUUGUGCUUUGCUACAGGUCGGAUGUUCAAAUUUCCCGCCUGUUAGAUAAUUCACGUGCGCAUGCUCUAUAACCUUUGACCCACAUCGGCACCGUUUGGAAAGAGUAAAGCUCAGUUUGGGCGUGGAGUUGUUGACUUCGAGGCGAGGAACGUGUCUUUAUAAAGAGCAGGAUGGCCUUCUCAUAUGGACAACAACAACAACGACCACCUGUUGGUGGCCCCCCUGUUUCCAAAGUGGAGCUGUCCGUCAGCUGUGAACACCUGAUGAAUAAGGACACCACCUCGAAAUCCGACCCCAUCUGUGUUCUCAUGAUGCAGGAAGGAGACAAGUGGUUCGAGUUUGGGAGGACUGAGCAGGUGGUCAACACCCUGGACCCUCUGUUCUCCACUAAGUUUGACGUGGACUACUACUUUGAGGAGGUUCAGAAGUUGAAGUUUACUGUGUAUGAUGUCGACAAUGCCACGUCUACGCUUGAUGAUGAUGAUUUUCUCGGAAGUCUGGAAUGCACCCUGGGACAGAUUGUUUCACACGGAACGUAUAAAAAGCCACUCAUCCUGAAGACAGGCAAGCCUGCUGGGAAGGGUGAGAUCAAGAUAGUUGCUCAGGAGCUAACAGACCACCAUGUUGUGGACAUCAACUUCAGAGCUCACAAACUGGACAAGAAGGACACAUUCAGCAAGUCUGAUCCAUACCUGGAGAUUCACAAACAAGGCAAGGAUGGCUUCUGGCAGCUGGUACACAGGACUGAGGUAGUGAAGAACAACUUGAGCCCGACUUGGAAGGACUUCACACUCACUGUGCAAUCUGUCUGUAAUGGAGACUAUGAGAAGCAACUGAAGCUAGUGUGUUAUGACUGGGACUCAGAUGGAAGCCACGACCUGAUUGGUGAAGCCACCACGACCCUGAGGCAGAUGAUAGAUGAUAACCAGGGAGGGAGGAGACAGGUGGAGUUUCCUUGUAUCAACCCUAAGAAAACCAAGAAGUCAUCCUACAAAGACUCUGGGAUCCUGUUUCUCACCAAGUGUAUUUUGAGGAAGGAGUACUCUUUCUUGGACUAUGUCUUUGGAGGAUGCCAGAUCAACUUCACAGUUGGAAUAGAUUUCACAGCUUCAAACGGCAACCCAAAGGACCCAGCAAGCCUACAUUACCUGAGUCAUGGCCUGCCUAACCAGUACCAGCUGGCUAUUGGUUCUGUGGGAGGAGUAGUCCAGGAUUAUGACACGGACAAGAUGUUUCCAUCUCUUGGCUUUGGAGCCAAAAUUCCUCCUGACUUUCAGGUUUCCCACGAGUUUGCCCUGAACUUUAACCCUCAGAACCCAUACUGUGCGGGUGUGGACGGCAUCCUUACAGCCUAUCAGAACGCACUUCCCCAGAUUCAGCUGUACGGUCCGACCAAUGCCUCUCCCAUCAUCAACCAUGUGGCCAGGUUUGCCGCUGAGGCAGCCCAGAAGCCUGGAGCUUCAGGAUAUUAUGUCCUACUUCUGCUGACUGACGGAGUGCUGACUGACAUGGAUGCCACAAGAGAAGCCAUUGUGCGAGCCUCUCACCUCCCCAUGUCCAUCAUCAUAGUCGGCGUUGGUGGUGCAGACUUUGCAGAUAUGGAGAUACUGGACGGGGAUGACGGUGUACUGAAGUCUCCACGGGGAGAGCCUGUACUGAGGGACAUUGUGCAGUUUGUUCCAUUCCGACAAUUUCAGAAUAAAGCCCCUGCAGCACUUGCACGGAGCGUUCUCCAAGAGCUGCCCAAUCAAGUUGUCCAGUACUUCAAAAAGCGAGGAUUGGCCCCCAACACACCUAACCCCACUCAAGGCCCCGUGUAGACACUCUGUAGGCAAAAGAAGCAUUCUGCUGAGCUGGCUAAAGCAGUCCUGGCUGAGGUUCCCAGGCAGGUUGUUACCUACUUCACUAAGAAGAACAUCCUCCCCAACAAUGCCCGGCCACUGUGAGCUGUUCGUGGACCCUGGCAGUAGUCUGAAGUUCAUAAUAUUUAUACUAUAUAGGCUUUUUUCACUUCUUGAAAAAAUUGUAACUUUUUACUCACAAUGAUAGUUAUUCUAGUGCCAUGUUAUAUAGCAAGUUUCAGGUGAAGGUGCACCUCCAAAUAUGAAAUUACUCUUUUUCUAUUAGGUGGAAGUGUAGUCACACACAAUGGAAUUACCCAAAUCAUGUCCUAUAGAAAUUCCUCAAUUAACCAUUACCAUUCAAGAUGAAUGAUACUUCUCUCUUAUAUGACAACAUUAUGGAACAUGUCCCACCGGACUCUACUGUAGUUAGGGCAAAUUUGGUGUGUAGAAAGCUGGGAGGGUGUUGUUUCUUUGAUAACUCUUAAGUCAGGAGAGAUAAUAGAUAGUUUGCAACAGCUAUGGACUAUUAACCUUAACUUUCUGGCAAUGAGGCAAAGAAGAAGACAUGUCAUUGCACUGGUAUUGGAAUUAUUGCAGUACAUUGGAAUUAUUUUCCCAGAUUGUACAUAUAUAUUAAGAGCUUUAAUUGUAACUGUGCAAAAUGGAACCUUUGAAUAUCUAUCUAAGCUACCUUGUUUUGAAACGCAUAAAUUUAGAAAUGCAAGUGGUCUGAUUUUGGUUUAGAGUUUUAAGAUUUACAAUCAUGCACUUGACUCCAGGGAAAAAUUGCAAUAAAAUUACUAAUAUUAUCAUAUAAGCAGCAACUGUCCUCAGGCUCACUGUAAGCCGGGUAUCCUGCUUGUAAUGACUAAUAAUAUACGGCAAGAUCUUUUUGCAAUAAUUAUUUCAGAAAGCAUUAAAUUAAUAAUGUAUUUAAUAAUGGCUUUAUAGCCCGAUUGCUGUAAGUAUUAGAUGUUCACAAAGACUUUAUGAAGCACAUAUAUAACUGCAAUAAAAUAUCUUUUUGCAAUA